UGUCAUUUGCCAUUGAAAAGAAAGAAUAAAUUGUAUUUAAUACGGCUGUGCUUUGGCAAAUCUAGCUUCAAGGUAGCUAAGUGCACAGUUUUCGAUUUAUAAAAUUCAACUUACGCAAUUAAAAAACUUGUCAAAAAUCGAAUACUCUUUGGCAAUUUGUGCAAUUUGAAGCACAUUUUUUCCCCCAGCAAGAAAGUGAAUAUAUUAGCAAAUAAGUGAAGAUUAAGAAGAGUAACAAUGUUUAAAACACGCAAGGAGCUGGACGAACAUGUUCACGGCUUUAUUGGUAAAAUACCACCAGGUCCAGAGCGCGAUUUAAAGGGCUACUCUAUUGCCCGUCUAUAUGUGAAGAUAAAUGAAUUCCCCAAGGCUAUUGAGUAUUUGACUGCAUAUUUGAGGGUGAAGGAUGAGUAUUCCGGACAUAAAUUGAUUGCCCAAUGUUAUAAGGAACAAACACCACCAGAUUAUAAUAAGGUAUUGGAUCACUAUCAGCGCUGCAUUCAACUUAAUCCGAGGCAGCCGGACGUUAUCAAGGAUGCUUGUCAGUUGUUGAAUGAGCAUGCGGCUGUGUAUAACUCUGAACGCGCUGCCUACUGGAUUGAUUUGGCUAAAGACGAGCCAGAGCUCCGCGAAAGCGAUAUUGUGUAUGCGUUGAGCCUCAAGCAGAGAACCUCGACCAACUCGGGCGGAGGCGAUCAACAGCAGUCGGUAGAGCUGCUAUUGCACAGAGAGCUCAUUGCUCGUCCACAGGACCCAGUUAUACGCGUACGUCUUAUGCACUCCUAUUUAGAAAGCAAGCGCCAUGAUGAGGCUUUCAAUUUUGCCUACAAAACCGAAGUGGAGUCGACUGCUGCAGAAUGGCAAUCAACUGAAUGGUACGAAGUCGUUUGGACUGUGCUGCGCAAAUGUGAGUCACAAAAGGAUAACUCCAAUAAUUGGGCGUAUUGGGAGCUCACAUUGAUUACACUGGAGCGUCUGGUGCAAUUAAGCCUGCAGUCAGAACCAUGCCUAGCAGAGUGCACCACCCAGCUGUUCAAGUUUGAUCAAUAUCUAAACAAAUUCAGUUUGCUGGCUGACAAACUGACGGCGAACGGCUGUCGCGAGCUGCACCAGUGCUGUGUGGAACACUUUGCUGGCCAGCUGUUAUUGCAUGCAGCUACGCUGCUGUUUAAACGCGAACUACAAAGCAAAAAGAAUAGCACUUGGUCGAAUACAAUACGUACGGCAUUACCGCUGUUGCUGCUGGGCUAUCAGCAACAGCCCUUCAAAGAGAAAACUCCACAUUGGCAUCGUCACUGUAGCAACGUGCAGAAGAAGCUGCUGCAAUUCUGGCGCUAUCAAGCGGCGUUUCGCUGCGCGCAGCUGGCACGCACCUUGCAAGGCUGUCUGCGUCAAAAUCAGGACGACGAGCUAGGUAAGCCAGCUCAAAAGCGCAGUCUUUGGGAUAGCAGCGAUGAGCUGCUGUCCAACAUACGCCAGCAGUGUGCGGAUAAAAAAUGGCGUCAACAGCUAUAUCAGAUGCUCUAUACACAUACGGAUCAGAAGCUAAAGGAGCAGACCACAUACAUGGCACGUGACUCACGCCUCGAACAUCCGCUGUAUGAAUGGCCUGCCGUGGCGGACAUUGAGGAGCUAGAGCAGCGUGCAUUGAAGCUAAUGCCGGUGCCAACAUUGAUGCAACAUGUCUAUCUGGCGCUGAGUAGCGAUAAUCUAGCGGCAAUGCAACGUGUGCACUUCUAUGAUCACAUGCAACAGGAUUGCAAACAAGGUGCAUUGCAUUUUCUUGGCUGCGAUGCACUCAGCCGUCUGGACGUGGAUAUAUUUCUAUACGGCGUCGUGCUGCAAGCACAGCGCAAGUUGGAAACGAUGCGCGAGAACUUCAGCUGCCAGGCGCAGCAGGCGCAGGGUCCCUAUAUGCUGCCCUAUGCCAAUAUGGUGCUGAAACGCUUUGAUCUUGUUACAGCAGACCAACUUAAGUGGUGGAAAUUGAUGUUGAGCAUCUAUAACCAUGCCGAGCAGCUAAGCAUGGAGCAGCGUGCGACGCUGCAGUGUGGACUGGAGGCAGUGCGUGGCUUGAAUGGACCACAUGCUGAUAUGAUACUGGUCUUCCAGCUGGGAAAUCUGCUGGAGAAUCGUGCUGAGCGCGCUACGACUUCCGCUGGUUUGCAUGCACGCAUCGAGACAAUCUACAAACAUGGCUUUAAUAUGCUGCGACGUCAUCGCCAGCAGCAACUGGAACCUUUUGCUAGAUUCUUCAAAUUUUCCAAUGCUAAUGCUAGCAGUGUUUGGCUGCAAACCCAACAGCUGGCGGAAAAGGCGAUUAGCUAUAUGAGCGCGCGUCUAUUUAAGCAGCGUCUCUACGAGGAAUUUCUGGAAGAGAUGCGUGGUCUGCAGCUGCCCAUGGCCUGCUAUAUGCAGGCCGAAGCCUAUCGCCAGCUGGCGCAGAGUCCACGAUCGCCUCGUGUUGCUCGUCAAUCCUAUCGGGAGCGUCGUCAAGAUUGCUUGCGGCAAACACAGCACUUGCUCCUUGAGCAUGUGGAUCAUCCGCUUAGUACGCUGGUGGAGCGCGAAAUGCGUAGCUACAUAGAAGACGAUAUUGGGCAAACUAAUGAUCUGCACAAUAAUUCCAGCACCUAUGAGGAUGCCCAGGAUGAUUACUAUGCAGAGGUAGCAUCAAAUCGUUCUCGACGCAGCAAGCCAGAGAUGGUGGCAGCGCCUGUUAACCUCGAACUGGAGAAUACAGUCAAGCAGAUGAGCAAGCAGCUGUGUGGCUUGCAAGAUGAUGUGGCCAACAGCAUGGAUGCCAUGCGUCAGGAUAUUAAAUCGCUUACCGACAAGUUUGCUGAAAAGCUGACGCUGAUCGAGGAUAUGCUGAAGCUAAAGAUUAGACAAGAGACGCCAACCCGGGACUUGGAUGCAGCUGCUGCUGCUGUCGCUGCCUCUAACUUUGGUCUGGAGGAUUUACUGAAUAUAGAGGAAUCAUUGCAGUCGAACUGCGUGACGCCACAGAACGCUGCAGCAGCCGCCGUCGCAGGAAUGGGACAAGAUCGUUUCUUUUCACCCGGCAAUGUCAAUACCUAUGGCAAUCCCAUGUAUCCGAAUCCAAAUCAAAUGUACAACUACUUUGCCAAUCAGCAGGCGGCACAGUUUAUGCGUGGUCCACAACCUCCGCAGUCUGGACCCAACUAUUAUGGCAAGUGCUUGCCAUUUGCUGGCAAUGCGCCGUUUAUGGAUGGACUCAAUGGACUCAAUUAUGGAACGCCGCAAAGUCUGGUAGCCAGUAUGCCUUCAACGCCAGGGACCGGCUUCUUUAAUAAUUCACCGCAAGCGUUGUCACAACAGAUGCCACAACAGAUGCCGCAACAAAUGCAACAGCAGUUGAUACAACAGAUGCCACAACAGUUGCCACAGCAGUUAGCUCCACAGCUGCCGCCACAAUUGGCUCCACAGCUGCCACCAGUUGUGCCCGCUUUGCAAACGCCAGCAGUUCUGCCUAAGCCCACUGCUCCAUUGGUUGUCCCAGCACCGGCUCCAGCUUCUGUUCCGUCUACUGUAGUGCUCUUCAAUCGCGCCCAAAACAAUCAGCCUGUGGAAAAAGAACCGCCAGCAAAUGUGGUCAUCACCAGCUCAGAUCCUUUGCCCAAGCCAGCCAUGUCCAGUGCUCAGCCCACCUUGAGCGUCACCAUUCCGGCGCAACACAUUAAGCCCAGUCUGGUCUCGCAGACUACAGAGCCGACAGCCGCAGCAACCACCAGCAGCAGCAACAUUUUCAGUCUAGACAAAGAGCAGAGCAGCAGCAUGUUUGGUGACUUCUCAAAUUUCUCGUUCAAGGCGCAAGUAGCGCAGGCGGCAGCAGAGAAGCAGCGCGAGCAAGCGGCGUCCGAGGCAGAGGCGGAAUUAAAUGAAAGUUCCAGUAGCCAGCAGCAAGCUGAUAAUAGUGCUGAGUUGGACUAUGAUCCGCGUCCAGAUUUUCAAGGCAUUAUACCGCUGCCUGCAGAGGUGGAAGUGCGCACGGGCGAAGAGGAUGAGCAGGUGAAAUUCACUAAUCGCGCCAAGCUCUAUCGUUUUGCUGAAAAGGAAUGGAAGGAGCGUGGCACGGGCAACAUUAAGAUCCUGCUUAAUCCACAAGGAGUGUCACGCAUACUCAUGCGACGCGAUCAAACACAUAAAAUAUGCGCCAAUCAUCAAAUUAUGGCAAACAUGUCGUUAACCACGCCACAGCUGGACGCAGAAGGCAAAUCCUUUAUCUGGGGUGCAAAUGAUUUUGCUGAUGAGAAGUUGACAGUGGAGAAGUUCUUGGUGCGCUUCAAAUUGCCCGAGACCGCCAAGGAAUUUAAGGCGGCCUUCGAUGAUGCUGUUAAAUCAGCCGGUGCCGGAGCCGGUAGCAACAAGCAACAAACAGCGGUGCCCACCAAGCCACAGACCAUGUUUGCUGGCAUGGCUAGCAAUAGCUUUGUGACCAGCACUCCGUCACCAGCGACACCAACGCCAGCAGCAGCCAAGCCCAAGCAAUUGGAGGCAGCCAAGCUGAAUUCUGCAGCGCCAGCAUCUGCGGUGCCGAAGUCGCUGUUUGGUGGUGCAACAACAGUUAAAACAACUGAUGCUCCAGCUCCAGCAGCAGCUUCACCUUUUGCCAAUUUUACCUUUGACAGCAAAAGCAGCACUGGAAAUUAUAGCUUCGCCAGCUUGGCAGCGCAGCAGCCUCAAAGCACAAGCACAAGCAGCAGCAGCAGCACCACCACCACCACCACCAGCACCACCUUCACCACUGUGCAAGACAAAACAUGCGGUGGCAACAAUAGCACCGCCUUUACCACAGCUUUUAAUUUUGGCAGCCAAAGCAACAGCAGCGUCAGCAGCAGCAGCAUGCUCCAGCAGCCCACAUCCGGCACAGAGACCACCGAUGCUGAUGAUGCGGAAUAUGUGCCCACAGCUCAGUUUACGCCAGUUAUACCGCUGCCUGAGCUAAUCAAAGUGGUUACCGGAGAGGAGGACGAGCUGGUGCUCUUUGAGCAUCGUGCCAAACUAUUGCGCUUCGAUCGCGAUGCCAGCGAGUGGAAGGAACGUGGCAUCGGCAACAUGAAACUGCUGCAGCAAAAGGCCAAUCCCAGCCAGAUACGUUUGCUCAUGCGACGCGAACAAGUAUUGAAGAUCUGCUGCAAUCAGCGUCUUUUACCCGAAACCAAGUUUAAUUACGCGUCGAAUACGCAAAACGCGCUCACCUGGGCGGGACAGGAUUUUGCCGAACAGGAGGUGACCACAGAGCUGCUAUGCGUGCGCUUCAAGAGCGCUGACACUUGCAAACAGUUCUAUGAUGCCGUGCUCAAGGCGCAGGCAAGCAUGGACAACGAACAGUUGGCGUCGACAAAGCCGGAGAAGGCGGAGAAGGUCACACCACCGACUGCUGAAGCGUCCGCUACCAAAGCACCCGCGGCGAAGGGCUUUGGUGAUGCCUUCAAGCCCAAGGCGGGCAGUUGGAGCUGUCAGGGUUGUUAUACCACCAAUGUGGCAGAGCAGCUUUAUUGCUUAGCCUGCGAGACGCCUAAGGAUGACACAGUGCCGCCCAAGCCAGCGGCGGGCGCCUUGAACCUUAGCAAUAGCACUAGUGGUGGCAGCAGCAAAUUUAGCUUUGGCAUGCCAAGUGCUGGUGGCUUCAGUUUCGUUGCGAAGCCUGCAACUGACCUGAGCAGUACAACUGGUUUUAGUUUUAAUACAAAGCCGACAGAGCAGCAAAAGGAUGCAGUGGUGACAACAACAACAGCGUCGACGACGGGUUUUAGUUUUACAACAAAGCCAGCAGCUGCAGCUGCAGCUGAACCAGCGAAGCAAAUGACAACAACUGUGAGCAGCAGCAGUAAUAGUCUUGGAGCCGAAGCGCUCAAACCAAAGCCAGCAGCAGCCCCUGCUGUUAGCAGCACAACUAGCGGUUUUGGUGAUGCCUUCAAGCCCAAGACAGGUAGCUGGAGCUGCCCGGGUUGUUAUACCAGCAAUGACUCAACGCAGCUUUAUUGCUUGUGCUGUGAGGCACCCAAAGAUGACACAGUGCCUAAGAAAGACAAUCAAUUGGGUGGAGGUCUUAAUCUGACCACAUCCACAUCACAAAAGUUUAAUUUUGGCUUUGGUCCCAAGACAACUGAUGCCACAACAAAGGAUUCAAUAGCAUCCAUAGCUCCAAGUGUAAGCGAAAGCAGCAGCCAGAUAGACGCAGCAAAGUCCACUGGCAGUGGCAUCUUUGGUUCGGCUAGCUUUAGUUUUAUGCCCAAAUCAAGCAACAGCUUUAGCUUUGCCAUGCCCACGGCCACAUCUUCGUUAGCACAGCAACCCAAAAGCCCUGCUGCUGCUGCUGCUGACAACAAUGAUGAUGACAGUCAUGUGGAGGAGGAGGAAAAUAAUGCAUAUUUUGCGCCUGUUAUUCCUUUGCCAGAUAAGAUUGAUGUCAAAACUGGCGAAGAGGAUGAAGAGCUGCUUUAUGUACAGCGCUCCAAGCUGUAUCGCUUAACCGAAGAAGGUGAAUGGAAAGAGCGCGGCUUGGGCGAUGUUAAAAUCCUGCGCCACAAGCAAAGCAAAAGUCUGCGCUGCGUUAUGCGACGUGAGCAAGUAUUGAAGACUUGCCUUAAUCAUGUUCUCAAUGCUGAUGUGAUUUAUAAGCCCAAAGAUGACAAAACAUGGCUGUUCGUGGUGCACGACUACAGUGAGGGUGAAACUCAGCUGGAACGCUUUGCAUUGCGCUUUAAGAAUCAAGAAAUAGCGCAAGCCUUCCAUAAUGCAGUACAGGAGGCACUCAGUGGCACAGCUGUGGCUAUUAAGGAUACAGAAGAGCAGCCAGCAGCUGUCGGCCAACAACAACCUGCUGCUGUAUCCAAGGAGUUGCAAGAGUUGGCCAACAAAGUUCAACUCAAUACUGAAUUCUUUACAAGUGAGCACAAAUGCGCUGGCUGCCGUGGCUGUGAGCCCGACAGCUUUGCCUAUGGUCCGGUAUCGACACCAACAGAGCAGGCUGCGUUGCCAAUGAUGCAGCCAGCCUUAAAGAUGCCGCCAGCCAAACCAAAACAGCCAACAACUUCAGUUUCAACUCCAACAACGCCAGCAGCUGCUGUCUCGCCAGCUUCAGCCAAUCGUCCACUGCUUAAGGCAAGCACAUUAGUUUCAAAUAACAACAAUCAUAAUAGCUUUGGUGGCUUCAGUACCUCUGUUAGUGAAUGUGUUAAUCCUACAUCUAAUAGCCCCGCUAGUACGACUAUCGCAUCUACUGGCGGCUUUCUUUUUGGGACCACAGGCAAGCAUGAGUUUGGUUCGAGCGCUUCAAUUUUCGGCAACAAAUUGGGCAAUCAGCAGGACAUACCACAGGCACAAAAAUCCAUAUUUGGCACAUCAAUUUUUGGUAGCAACAAUAUGUUUGCUAGCAACAAUAACAGUGGCAGCACGAACGACUAUGUGUUUGGUGCCAAGCAAAAUACUUUCUCAUUUGGCGAUUUGGCCGCCAAUAAAACGGAAUCACCUAAGAACAAUAAGGAUAAUGUGGAAAUUACGCUUAACAACAGCAAACCUAUGGUUGGAUUUGCGGAGCUGGCCGCCGCUAAUUCUGGAGAUGAUUUUUCCAGUUUGGCAGCCAAGCCAAUCGGCGUUCAAAAGUCCAGCACUGGCGGCUUCUUUGGUCUGACGCACCAGAACGAUUUUAAGAAUUUCCAAUCACCAAAGUCUACAACACAAAAUGAAUCCUCUGACGAGACAAACGAUGAGAACUAUGAUCCACACUAUGAGCCCAUUAUUGCCCUGCCCGAAGAGAUUGUGUUGAGCACUGGAGAGGAGAAUGAAAUUAAGCUUUUCGGUGAACGUGGUAUGCUCUAUCGCUAUGACGCCACUACCAAAGAGUGGAAAGAACGCGGUGUGGGCGAGGUAAAAAUCUUAAAGCACAAGUCACAGAAAUCGUAUCGCAUUGUCAUGCGUCGUGAGCAGAUUCAUAAAUUGGUGCUCAACGUGCCAGUGAGCAAGAAUUUCAGCAUUACUUAUAUGAACGAUCAAAAGAAGAGUUUGAUAUGGGGAUCUUUAAAUUUUGCCGAAGACCCUAAUGGAGUUGUGGAGAAAUUAGCCUGCCGUUUUAAGAAGUCCGAGAUGGCGGAAAGGUUCCUCACAAUUAUAAACUCAAGAUCUGCAGAGGAAAAUUCUGAAAAUAACAAUGUGCAGUCCGUCGCAUCAUGAAUUGAAAUUAAAUAUAUAUUAAAUACUUUGCU